AAUAAAUCCAACAACCAACCACGUGCAAACAAGAAGGAAGGACCACGAACAACAGCACACAGCACGUGAUGAGCGGUGAAGCGAGGUUUGCGUCGCGGGCAUGGGGCUCGGACGUGGCUGACCCAGGCAAAGAGGAGCUGGGGCACGCGUCCACCGCCUCUGACUUUGACGCUUUUGCUGAGUUUGUGCGCAAUGACAUGGUCGGCUCCGACUACCGCAUCACCACGCCAUAUGGGGAGAGGAAACUCGUGUAUGCGGACAGCACUGCUUCUGGCCGCAGCCUUCGCAGCAUUGAGGACACGAUCAUGUCCCACGUUAUGCCCCUCUACGGCAACACACACUCGGGCGCCUCGGCGUGUGGGCGCCAGACCACCCAGUUUGUUGAGGAGGCCAGGCAGCUCAUCAAGAAUUGCACCAACGCAACAGACGCAGAUGUUCUCAUCUUCGCUGGGACGGGGUGUACUGGCGCCGUUCACAAGCUGGCCUCCAUUCUCGCCAAGACCAUGGCUGAGCAACACAGCAGCAAGGAUGGAGAGGCCCCAGCGUUCAAGUGCUCGUUCCCCGGCUGCUCUCGAGUAUUCCGGGACCAGCAGUCCGUCCUGCUGCACAGCAGAACACAUACGGAUGGCGAAGCAAGUGGGUUUGCAGCAGAGACCGUCACGCCAGCGUCCGAGUCAACCGAGAGGCAAGAACAACGACCCCAUAGUGUGGACGCCGGUGAUGACGUGCAUGGCGUCGUGUUUGUUGGUCCGAUGGAGCACCACUCAAACAUCCUGCCCUGGACUGAGCUGCCACAUGUGCGCGUGGUGCGCAUCCGGGCGGGUGCUGAUGGCCGGACGGACCAGGACGACCUCAGGUCCGCAAUUGCCCGAUUCGCGCACGUGCGCAUGAAGGUGGGCUCCUUCUCUGCGGCGUCAAACGUGACUGGGAUCAUGGAGGAUGUGGACGGCAUCACUGUAUUGCUGCACCAGCACGGCUGUCUUGCGUGCUGGGACUACGCUGCUGCUGGGCCCCACGUCCAAGUGGACAUGAACCCGAAAGUGCCUGGCCUUGCGCCGCACCUCAUUGCCAAAGACGCGGUGUUCCUGUCGCCGCACAAGUUCCCCGGUGGCCCCUCAACCCCCGGCAUCCUCAUUGCCAAGCGCGACCUCAUCGCCGCCUCCGCCCCGGCCGUUCCUGGCGGCGGCACCGUCUUCUACGUCUCCCGCACCAAACACAGGUACCUCGAGUCGCCCGAGGAGCGGGAGGAGGGCGGGACCCCGAAUAUCAUCGGUGCCGUCAGGGCAGGGCUCGUCUUCCAAUACCAGGCCGCUGCUGCCACACCGCGCAUUCGGGAGCGGGAGCAGGCCAUUGCUCAGCGCGUGCAGUCUGCACUUGGAUCCCAUCCCCGCAUCCACGUCCUCGGCCAUCCACACGCACAACGCCUGCCCGUGUUUUCGUUCAUGAUCCGCUAUCCGCAGUCCCCCAAAUUCCUGCAUUGGUCUUUCGUCACAGUCCUCCUCAACGACUUGUUCGGCAUUCAGUGCCGGGGCGGGUGCCUGUGCGCGGGUCCAUAUGGCCACGACCUGCUUCACAUCAGCGAGAACGAUGCCGAGGCGAUUGAGUCGGCCCUCAUCGCCAAACGCGAGAUCCUUCGCCCGGGGUUUGUCCGCGUCUCCGUCCCGUAUUACUGGACCGAUGCGCAGACGGAUGGGCUCAUAUCUGCCAUCCGCUUCGUUGCGGACCACGGCCACCUCUUCCUGCAGGACUACACAUUCUACGUCGACUCGGGCGAGUAUCGCCACAAGUCGCUGCGCAAGACGUCGCCGCACCGGCUCUGGCUGCACGACCUCUCCUUCACCACGGGCAGCAAGGUCGAGGUGGGCUCCCUCAAGCGGAACACAGACAGGAUGGCACAGCGGUUGCCCCACACCAAGUCGCUGCAAGAGCUCGUCGAUGAUGCGGCGCAACUCUGCAAAGGAAGGAAGCAGCCCAUCACGCCGGAUCUUGACCCAGACAUGGUGGUUGGCCUGGGACCCGAGCAGUCACACCUCCGCUGGUUUGCCUGCGAAGGAGAGGAGCAGAGCGCUGUAAACAGCAGUGGCGAUGAGGAUGAUGGAGAUGAUGGAGAUGAUGGAACGAUUCAUCUCUUGGGGAAGAGAGUCGGGGAUACAGCAGCAGACGUGUGCCCGCUGGUCUCCUUCGCGCGCAACGCAGCAGCAUCAGCAGGGGAGGAGUCGACGGCCCGUGAUGAUGGCGCUGAUGGUGCUGGCGAUCGUGUCCACACUGACAACGGCACUGCGUCGAAGGAGGCAGCGGAAGACCACAGGAACCCAAGCAGUGCGCCACCAGCACCUACACCACCAGCAGAUGGCAAGAAGGCCAAAGGCACGGAUAUGACAUUGACCCACGAUGACGGCCACGAGAGAUCGGAGGAUGAACCAAAGACGAAGCGCAGCAAACUCGCCCGCCCCGACCCAAAACUCUGGCCAAAAGUCCCAAAGAGCCUCCUCAGGCCCAUUGGCGAGGCCAUCCGCCAGUUCUCGAUGAUCACCGACGGCGAUCGCGUCCUGAUCGGACUCUCUGGAGGGAAAGACUCCCUGACGCUGCUCCAUUGCCUGCAUGCACUCCAGCGCCGCGCCCCCAUCUCCUUCAAGCUCGCCGCCGUCACCAUGAACCCAAACUUCCCUGGCUUUGACCCGGCCCCGCUCAAGGCGUACCUGGCGAAGCUUGGCGUCGAGUACUUCUUUGAGACGCAGGACCUGCUGCAGCUCGCCAAGGACACCAAGCCGUCCUCCAUCUGCUCCUGGUGCUCCCGUAUGAAACGCGGGAUUCUGUACACUGUGGCGCGACGCGAGGGGUACAACGUGCUUGCACUUGGGCAGCACCUUGACGACCUUGCAGAGAGUUUCAUCAUGACUGCGUUUCACAACGGCAAGCUACGCACAAUGAACGCGCACUACUUGAACGACAAGGGGGAUUUGCGGAUCAUUCGUCCGCUUGCAUUUGUGCGCGAGCGCCAAACGCGCGCAUUUGCUGUUGCCAAUGGCCUGCCGGUGAUUCAGGAGAACUGCCCAGCGUGCUUUGAGGAACCACAGGAACGAUACCGCAUCAAGACCAUGCUCGCACAACAGGAACACCUGUUCCCGAACCUGCUCUCCAACAUGCGCAAAGCGCUGCUGCCGCUGAUGCGUGAAGGGUACGACGCUGCCAUGACGGCGGUUGCAUCCGGGGCCAGCACAGGUGGUGAUGGCGCAUCAACGGAGUGAAUGAGAUCAAGCAAGUGGUUGUGUGUGUGUGUGUGUGCGUGUGUGUGUGUGUGUGUGCGCGCGCGCGCGCGUGUGUGUGUGUGUGUGUAUUUGUUUGGUUGUUGCUGCUGCUGUACACAAAAGUGGGGCGCGUGUUGCGCUGUGUAAGGAGGUACCGUCAACAUCAGUCAAAGGUUGGAAUCCG